GAGAGUGGGAGGAGGAGGAGGAGCGGUUUCCUUUCUGUAACACACACGCCACAGGAACACACCGCCGGGGAAAAAAAAAAAAACGGGGAGAGGGAAGAAAAAAAAAACAAGAGAGGGAGAAGGAAACACCGCAGCUCCUCCGUCCGCGUGUCCGUCCCUCCGUCCGUCCUUUUUCGGGUUUGCUUUUUUUUCUUCUUCUUCCUCCCCUCCCGAGAAAGCGUUGCUCGCGUGCGGACUGACUAACAUGGCCAGAGAGAGCUGAUGAGGAGGACUGGCUUUCAGUGAACCUCUGCUCUGUGACUGACGGGGAGGGAACGAGGCGUCGGGGGAAGACAUGUUUGCGGGGCUCUUUCGUCCUGAGGUUGCGGUAGGCUGCGCGCGGUGUUCCGCUCUCUAAGCACUCGGCUCCGGUAAGAGGAGAGGCGCGGGGAGGGGGGGAGAAGCGGUUUGGAGGAAUAGGAGGAGAAAGAAAGGAAAAAAAAACCCCGGGGCGAAUGGAAAGUGAGCUCAGGAGCCAGUUGGUGUGUGUUUAAUUGGUUUUGUUAUGGUGUGAAAGCAGGCAGGCCUCCCUCGCCGAGCACACACCCGGCCAGCAGAGAGGGGCUACCCCGCUUAGCUGCGGAUCCAGGCUGCGUUUGGCUGACACGGACACGUCCGGCUCAUUUUAGAGUAAAAACAAAGCUGGCUAUUGGCUGCCUGCUGCCGGAGACAUUUACAGACCCACCAACUCUUUAAGGGGGGGAUUAUACAAAGGCCCAGCUAAAACAAACAAAACCAAAAAAACGCGUCUUGGGUCGUUUUUAUUUUUUAUUUUUUCAGUCCUCCUCAGCGCGCGGAGGUGCAGGGAGCUAGGUAGGCGAAAUUAGCCUCGGUUUAAAUUCGGGAUUUAAAAAAAAAAAAAGGGGGACAAAAGCAGAUUUUUUAAAUGUUAAUGUCGACCGACGUUGCAUCCAUCAUGCUGCCCGUGUCCCGGGCUCUCCUAGACCGGGACAGGGAGCUGGACACCAUGGCCGGGGUGCACGCCAACCCGGCCGGCGCGCCGGGAGCCGUGCGGGGCAUGAAGCGCGGAGACCCGGAGCCCGACGGACAGACGGCGGCCGCUCUGGUGGACUCCACCGGGGCGGAGUGCAAGCGCCCGCGGAUCGACGGCUCGGGAGGGAUCGGCGAGGUUGGACAGAACAACGAUCCUUUGACCCUCAGCUACCAUGGAUACCCAUCUCACAGUCAGGGCUCCCAGGAUAGUGCUGGCGGUCAGGAGGGACUCGUACCCCCACCCUUCUCCGCUUUCCCACCUCCUCCGCCUCCGCCUCCUCAGAACGGCCUGGCUCUGGAUUACGGGGGCAGCCUGUACGCAGCGGGUGCUGUGCAGGGCCCCGUGGAAGCCGGCGGAGCAGGGAGCGGCGCCGCCAACGCCGCCAACAGCCUCAGCGGCCAGUCUGAUGGCUCGUCUCAGAUCGACGGGCAGUCUGGAGUUGGCUCAGGCGGAGGGGGGGGCGGCGGGGGCCCCGGGGACGACUCAGACGCCAAGGGAACGCCCAAACGUCUCCACGUGUCCAACAUCCCGUUCCGCUUCCGAGACCCCGACCUACGGCAGAUGUUUGGGCAAUUUGGCAAAAUCCUUGAUGUGGAGAUCAUUUUCAACGAGAGGGGCUCCAAGGGCUUCGGCUUUGUGACGUUUGAGUCCAGCGCAGAUGCAGAGAGGGCCAGGGAGAAGCUCCACGGCACGCUGGUGGAAGGACGUAAAAUCGAGGUCAAUAAUGCCACAGCCAGAGUGAUGACAAAUAAGAAAAUGACCACACCGUACUCUAAUGGAGAGGGCCUGGCAGCGCUGCCAUAUGCUGGUUGGAAGUUAAGUCCUAUGGUUGGAGCCAUGUAUAGUCCUGAGCUCUAUACAGUUCCAGGGUUUCCGUACCCGGCGGCAGCAGCAGCAGCAGCCGCCGCUUCCACUGCUGCAACCUUUCGAGGAACGCACCUGCGAGGCCGAGCUCGGCCCGUCUACAGCGCCGUCAGAGCUGCCGUCCCACAACCUGCCAUCCCUGCGUACCCUGGUGUGAUGGCCUAUCAGGAUGGUUUUUACGGUGCAGCUGACCUCUAUGGCGGCUAUGCAGCGUAUCGUUACGCCCAGCCAACUGCUGUAGCCACUCCUGCAGCAGCAGCCGCCGCAGCCGCAGCCUACAGUGACAGCUAUGGACGAGUUUACACGACAGAUCCCUACCAUGCUGCGCUGGCCCCAGCAGCCUAUGGUGUUGGAGCCAUGGCCACGCUCUACAGGGGAGGCUACAGUAGAUUUGCCCCUUAUUAAAAGACACUACAUGUCCCAGGACCUCCCCUCUCCCAUUGAAUUAUUCCGAAAGAGCUCCCUCUGUUGUCCUGGAGGUGGACUGCGCCCUGUUUUUAAGUGUGGAGUUGACCACAGCGAAGAUAUUUCAGAUCCCACCCCAGAGCGGUCCCACAUUUUCUUAUCUAAGCUUCUACAAAACUAGAGGAAUGCUGUAUUAAAGACAGAAGGGUCGCCUUCAUAUUAAAAAGAAGAAGAAAAAAAAAUCAGACUGAAAAAAUGGCCACCUUCUCUAUUGCACGGCUGUAUUAUAGUCUCCCCCCUGUUAUUCCCGCGGCACUCAGCAGCACAAGAUUUGGGGACAGAGCCCAGGCGAUCUUCCAAAGGCUGUAUGUGGAUAACGGACAUUUGAGCAGCUGCCUUAGAAGGAGCCGAGCGCCGGCUGGCCUGCACACACUCUGAGGAAAGUGAGAGGGAAGCAGACAGUCUUGAGACGAGUAAGGUGCCUUCAAGGAGAGCACCUGGAAAAGAUUUUUGAACCAGAAUGAUGCAAUGAUAAAAUCCCCCCCCCCCCCCCCUAGUGGUGGAUUUUCGAGUCCGUCCUCCAUGUCGGCAGGUGGUAAAGGGAUGGGGAUCCGUUCAUGCUGCGUUCUGCUGUGAGGAAGACUGAACCCAGCAUCUUGGAGAAAUGAUGGAAAGCUGAAGGAGGGAGGGGUUAUCAGAGCUGUUCCUUACCUCAAGUUUCUCUUUGUAUGUGGAAAUGGUAAACCUUUAAACUUUAAAAAAAAAAGUUAUGAUAUGCAAAGAAAUUAGUUUAGAGAAAAAAAAUUACCAAAUUAUUAUUAUUAUUAUUAUUACUGUUGUAAUGAUUCUCAUUCUUAAUAUAAAACCAUUAUUUUGUUCAAAACAGCUGCACCACUCUGGUGGAGGUUCAUCAGUGAAACUCGGGGGUAAAAUAUAUAAAAAAAAAA